AUGGUACUACCACUAGUCGCGGGUAUCGGAAUCACCAUCGUCGCCCUCGUCACAAAAACUUCAUUAUCAGCCUAUAGACAAUACAUCCACCUCACACCCGUCAUGAUCGCCACCCUCAACAACAUCCGUCUAACCACCCCAUCUUCCAAACCCCUCGAUAGAUCCGAUCCUCGAUAUGCAAUCUAUGAAAGAAUACGAAACACAUAUCCCAAUCGAGGAUUUAAUGAACCUAUGAGUGAACAAGAAGCAUUAUUGAUCUUGGGAAUUGAAGGAGAUGAUAUUUUGAGAGUGAAUAGAGAUAUGGUGAGACAGAGAUAUCGAGAAUUAAUGAAGGUUAAUCAUCCGGAUCGGGAGGGGGGUAGUGUGUUUUUGAGUAUGAAGAUUAAUCAGGCUAAAGAUGUUUUGGAUAAGAGUUAUAUGAUGAAUAAAUAA